AUGGAAAACAUAUUUGAAGCAACCUCCGUGGAGUUUGCAAGAUCUGUCCUUCCACUUUUCAGCGGCCCUCAAGUCAAGAUCCGAAUCGAGUCUGCGCCCUGCGAAUACACUGUUUCAAAGGAUCUCCUCUGCAGUCGGUCUUCAUAUUUCUCGGCAAUGUUUGAGGGAAAGUUCCAAGAAGGAGAACAGCAGACAGCAAUCCUGGAAGAGGUUAAGGACGUGGUCUCAGUGCAAAGCUUCGAAGCACUUCUCCAAUGGCUAUACCUAGGGCGGGUCAAAUUCGGUGUGAAAGAUCCAGACCUCCAGAUCUCGGCCAUCAUCGAAUUUGCGAGCCUUGCAGACAUGUGCAGCAUUAGCGGAAUGGAGUCUCAGAUGGCCCAGCGUAUCAAAGAAAUUCUUUGCGCCAAUCCUGGUCCACGCACGGAGUGGGGGCAAGAGAUGACGAUACAAACACUCAUUGUCUCACGUCUCGGCACAUCGAGUCGGCAACUUAUCUGCCUGAUGGACACCCAGUGCGUUGCGUGUUAG